AUGAGUCUUGUGAUCAUAAAGCGUGCAAUUCCGGAGGUGUUCAUGGGUGCUGUGUCUAAAGACACCACCAAUGCUAAAGAUUACCUUGCAGAAAUUGAAAAGCGCUUUGUUAAAAGCGAUAAGGCUGAAACAAACACUAUUCUUAAGAGCUUGAUUUCAAUGAAGUAUAAGGGCAAUGAUAAUAUAAAGAAGUACAUCAUAGAGAUGUCUAAUCUUGCAUCAAAACAUAAAGCACUAAAGCUUGAUUUGCAUGAGGAUUUACUUGUGCAUCUCAUUCUGAUUUCUCUUCCAGUUCAAUUUAACCACUUUAAGGAGUAA